GCAGCGGCCGUCGAUGGGGAGCUAUAAAUAGGAAGCAGCCCAGAGCGGUGUGAGCUCUCACUUAUCUGAUUUUAACUUUGGCUUCAACAGCGAGACGAGAGUGGGAACAAAUAGGAGAAGUGGCUCUUCACUGACACCUAGUGGCCGUUUAUCACUGAGGCGUAGCUACCAACAAAAUAAAGGCCGUCACAGUGUAACUCACUCAUAGAUCACACUAAAAAUACUAAGGUGAUAACAAUAGCAGCACUUAAACAGAAGAGACUAAAAUUAUCAAAUUAAUUUUUAAUUAUUUAAUUUGCGUAUAAUCAAGAUUUGGGUGUCCAUCCUUUUCUGUUUACUUCCAUUCGAAUUCUGUGGAGUCGAGUUCAUUUUGCCCCAUAACAAACCGCACACCUGCAAAAAAAGCCCUUCCUCAUAGAUGAAAGUAAAAACUGUGCAGCCUAUCAGCUUCCAGGAAGCCAGCGUCUAAUCGUGUGAAUGAAAAUAACCCAAGUCCCCCCCUAAUCCCUGCCUAUCCUUUUUAUCUGCGGGCUCGGAGCAGCGGCAGCAGUGCGGUGCAGUGGAGCCUGCGACGCACCGCGAUGCGCCCCGCGUGCCGUUGAGCAGAGCGCCGCUCGCGAGGUCCCUCCUCGUAGUUUAGUCCCUUAGAGUUUAGCCGUUGGCGGCAGCAACGAGCAGAAUGAGCGGACGCCUGGGAGCCGCCCUUUGCUUGGCUGUGGCUCUGCUGCCUGUGCUGGGGACUUCGUGUCCCGUGCAGUGCAGCUGCUUCUUCCACAAAUUAAGCGACGGAUCCAAAGCAAGGAGUGUGCUUUGCAACGACCCGGGAAUCUCUGUGGUUCCUCCAAAUUUCCCCGCCGACACGGCGAAGCUGCGCAUCGAGAAGACGUCCAUCACACGGAUUUCCAGCGACGCCUUCCACUAUCUCAACGGCCUGGAGUUCCUCUGGAUGUCCUUCAACUCGCUGAACUCGCUGGGCGCCGACGGCUUCCGGGGCCUCUACAACCUGGACGAGCUCCGGCUGGACGGGAACGCCAUCGCCUCCUUCCCCUGGGAGAGUCUGAGCGACAUGCCCAACCUGAGGCUCCUGGACCUGCACAACAACAAGAUCUCCGCCAUCCCUGCGGAGGCCACCGUUUACAUCAGGAACAUCACCUAUCUGGACCUGUCCAGCAACAGCCUGACCACCAUCCCCGCCGAGGCUCUCACCAUGUGGCUGAGUGUGAAGCCACUCCCAGACAGCGACUCCUCCAAACUGAUUCUGGGUCUCCAUGACAACCCGUGGCUUUGUGACUGCCGGCUCUACGACCUGGUCCAGUUCCAGAAGUCCCCGUCGUCGUCCGUGGCCCUGGUCGACACCAUGCUGAAGUGCGCCGAUCCGGAGAGCCUGUCCGGGGUUCUGUUCGCCGAAGCGGACCUGCAGCGGUGCCAGGGCCCGCGGGUGCACACGGCCGUGGCCCGGGUCCGCAGCUCCCUGGGCAACAACGUGCUGCUGCGCUGCGGCACCGUGGGGGUCCCCAUCCCCGAGCUGUCCUGGAGCCGCGCCGAUGGCAAGAAGAUGAACGGCACAGUCCAGGAAGAGAUUUCAAAAGAAGGCAUCAUAUGGUCCAUCCUCAGCGUGCCUGCGGUCUCCUACCGAGAUUCUGGGAAGUACGUGUGCAAAGCAGCUAACUUCGUGGGCACCGCGGACGCCAUCAUCUCUCUGGUGAUCACGGACUCCUUCCGGUCCGAGGAAGCUGCCGGUGGCGCCUCCAGGAGGCCGCGGGGGAAAAAGCCCAACGGGGUGGGGAGGGCCGCGUACCAGGAGAAACUCAUCGCCAGAUACGUUCCGCCGCUCAGCACCGCGGCCGCGCAGCCCGUCGUCGAGCCGCUCAGCGGCAAAGGCGUGACCGGCAAGUACGAGGUCGAGAGCUACAGCGUCUCUGGCGGCGCCUCCCAGGUCCGAAGCAGAGCAGCAGACGCCAAGAGGCCGGCGGAGGUGGAGCGGGACGCUCUGAGCAACUUGGCGGCCAACGCCUCUUCCCUGCAGCAGGCGCCGGAGAAACGGAUCGUGCGCUCGGUGAAGGUGAUCGGCGACACCGACAACACGGUCUCUCUGAACUGGAGAGCCCCCACGGCCAGCAACGCCACCGAGUUCAGCGUCCUCUACGCCGUGUUUGGCGAGAGGGACAUGCGCCGCAUCAACGUAGGCGCCGGGAAGAACAGAGUUACGAUCGACGGCCUGGUGCCAAAGACGAAGUACAUUGCUUGUGUUUGCGUCAAAGGCCUGAUCCCGAAAAAGGAGCAGUGCGUAAUCUUCUCAACAGAUGAAGCCGCCAGCGCCAGCGGCACCCAGAAGCUCAUUAACGUGGUGGUGAUAACGGUGGCGUGCGUGAUCGCGGUCCCCCUGACGCUGAUCGUGUGCUGUGGGGCGCUGAAGAAGCGCUGCCAAAAGCUGCUGGGGCGCCAGUCCAAGGAAAUGCAGGACUCCUACGUCACGUUCGAGACCCUCGGACCCGGGGCCAAGACUAAAGGGAUGGAGGGCGAGUAUCUGACCAGGCUGAACCCCGACGAAUCCAACAGGCUGCUCUCGGCGAGGUCCAGCGUGGAUUCAGAGGCCACGGUCCGGACUGAGGGUCCUCCCAAUGAGUACUUCUGCUGAAAACACACGUGUGCCUCCAAGUCCAGAGGACGCACAGAUGAGCCGCUCAGAUGAACCCGUUUUGGGCUCGGUCCGCAUUAGAUGUAUGAUACGACGGCCUUGGGGACAGUGAAAAAAGGGAAAAUACAGACGCAGUUUGAAAAUCUACACAUGGUGUAAAUGUGUACAAUGAUUUUUUUAAAUAUCUUUUUUUUUUGAAAAGCAUUUUUUUUUAAUUAAGCUUUUUUGGGGAGGGGGGGAGGGUGUUGUCCUAAAACCUAAAAUCCCUUUCUUGUCUCCCAAGAAGCAUCCUCUGCAUUUAUUAAUCAAAGUAUUUAGAUGUUCAUUAGCGCCAUUAAAAUAAGAAUAAGAGAUUAACUUUCAGUUAUUUGUCUAUUUUGAAUGUCAGGAUGAUGUUACUGUGCCAGGUUUACUGUCGGAGCAAAACCUAAAAUGAAAUGUACUGUACAUUUUAUAAUGUGUAUAUACAAAUACAUGUGAUUUCAAAUGUGAAUGUAUGAAUGUACUCUAUUAAAUCUUUUUUAUAUUGA